AUGAGAAUGCUGGAAGAGGAGGUGCCCGAACCGGAGCCCGUCCCCGCGCUCGGAGCGGGCGCGUGGUGGAAGAGGGUGGCCUGGCCCAGCAAGGAGAGGCCAGGCGGCGGUGGCCGCACAGGGUUCUCACCAUUCGCGCACUACGGGGUAUGCAUCUCUGAAUCGAUUCUCAUCAUUCCCUCUGCUCACCCGGUUGUAAUCAUGUCAAAGACUCAAAGGGAGGGAGCUCAUUCAUUUGCGCUGCCUGCUUUCAAAAUCAGCUUUGCAUAUUGGGAAGGGGAGCAGAUCAGUGCCCGGUGCCACUACACUUCUGCUUCUGUCGACAAUGUCAUAUUCAAUCUCAAUGACGAUGUCUUCAUCAAGGCUGGUCCCGAUGAAGAGAGUUACAUUGGCCGUAUUACAGAGUUUUUUCAAGGUAGAGAUGACAGAUCAUACUUCACAUGCCGUUGGUUUUUCCUUGCGGCGGAUACGGUCAUCUCACCGAAGCUGCUUAAGGUCCAUGAUCAUCAACAUAAUGAUAGGCGUGUUUUCCUUUCAGAGGAAAAGAAUGACAACAUGAUUGAGUCAAUAAUUUGUAAACUGAACAUAAUUUAUGUUGCCCCAAAUGAGAUACCACAGGCAAAAGAUCGGUUAAUAUCAAAUUCUGAUUACUAUUAUGAUAUGUCUUACUCGGUGGCAUGUUCCACAUUUGCAAAUUUGCCAGCAGAAAAUGAUGAUGCAGAAGACAGUGAUGCAACUUCAAAUAUAUCUUGUGAAGAGGGGAAACCAGUGGCUGAUCUUGUGACAUACAGUCUGCUCGAUCUAUAUUCAGGGUGUGGGGCUAUGUCAACAGGGCUCUGCCUUGGUGCAGAAUUGGCUGGCAUAAAACUAGAAACUAAAUGGGCUGUGGACAUGAACUCACAUGCUUGUGAGAGCCUAAAGCAUAACCACCCUUCAACACAGGUACGAAAUGAGAAGGCUGAAGAUUUCCUAUCCCUCCUUCAACAGUGGAAUGCACUCUGUAAGAAAUAUGUCAUCCACGGCAGCAAUUCUUUGGGCUCUGAUCUAGCUCAGGCAUCAAACGAUGAUGGAAAUGAUGAAAACGAAUCUCUACCAAAGGAUGUAUUUGAGGUAGAGAGGCUUGUUGAUAUAUGCUAUGGCGAUCCAAAUAAGACUGGAAAAAAUGGCUUAUGGUUUAAGGUACUGUUCGGUGGAAAAAAAUAUGAUGCUAGUCAAGAUACAUGGGAGCCAAUUGAUGGUCUGAGCUAUUCCUAUGAGUGCAUUAAAGAAUUUGUUCAGAGUGGAUAUAGGGAUUCCAUUCUGCCUUUGCCUGGCUCUGUGGAUCUUAUUUGUGGGGGUCCUCCCUGCCAAGGCGUUAGUGGAUUCAACAGAUUCAGAAAGCCUGAUGAUCCGCUGACGGAUGAAAAGAACAAGCAAUUGGUUGUCUUUAUGGAUAUUGUGAAAUAUCUGCGACCUAAAUAUGUUCUUAUGGAGAACGUUGUAGACAUCUUGAAAUUUGCAGAUGGGUUCCUCGGCCACUAUGCAUUGAGUCGCCUUGUCUCUAUGAACUACCAGGCCAGGCUUGGGAUGAUGGUUGCGGGUUGUUAUGGGCUGCCGCAGUUUAGGAUGAGGGCAUUUAUCUGGGGAGCUCUUCCUUCCAUGGUUCUUCCGAAAUUCCCACUUCCCACCCAUGAUGUUAUUAAGCGAGGACUAGUGCCAAAUGCAUUUUUGCGGUGUCUCGUUGCUUAUGAGGAAACAGCAAAUAAAUACUUGAAAAAAGCUCUUGUCCUCGAAGAUGCAAUAUCUGAUUUACAGGAGGUUCAAAACAAUCAGCCUAAUGAUGUCAUGGAGUAUGGCAGUGACCCCAAAACAGAGUUCCAACGCUAUAUCCGGCUUAGCAGUAAAGGUGUGACCAGGGAGUUAAUGUCAGCAAGCAGUCCCGUUGGGUCAUAUACCUGCGCAAGGAGCUGCCCAUACAUUGUCAUCUGUUAUGAAACACUCACCUGUCCAAUUCUUCAAACAUUUGUCAACGUUUGUAAAUUCAUAAUUAAGUUCAGUUAUUCCCCCGUUGUGUACCUGUCUAUUCCUUCAAGUUCAGAUACUGAGAUGGAUGAUUCUGAAUAA